AGCCUGUAGGGCUCAGAUGGCAUGGAGCAUUUGUCCUCCAAUGGAUGAGGCUUCGCAGCCUCAGCGUGCUUGGGACUUUGGCGCUGCUCGGCCUGGGCCUUUGGGCAACGCGCAACUGGCGGCAUCCCUCACCCGUGUGCGAGGACUUAGGAUACGAGCUGCCCGAGUCGCUUUAUGGGGGCUUGCACCGUCCUUUCCAUGCAGAUGAGAUCCGUGUGGGUCAGAAAGCCGCUGGCCUCGCAAGGGCAUCGAAAGCUCGGAAGCAGCCUUUGGCUGUGUGGCUUGUCGGGCCAUCUGCAGCGGGCAAAUCCUUCAUGGCCCAGGAAGUUGCCAUGAAGCUUGGAGUUGGCUUUGGCGAAGGAGGCGAGGCGGACGCCGUGCUUGUGGACGGCAGCGGUUUUCGCAAAGUUCAUCAGGGCUAUCAGGCAGUGGUGCGUGAAGGGCACAGGCUAAAUUGCAUCUGGCGUCAAGCGUACCCUGCUUUGCAAGAGCAAGUGCAGAAACAGAAGCUCACACUUUUACACCGGGCAGCUCAUCAAAAGCAGAACGUUAUUAUUCCCCACACCUGCGACUUGUUAUCUUACUGCGCACCCUGGCUGCACGCAUUGCAAAGCCAGGGCUACACAAACCACGUUGUGCUGGUCAUAGGCGACCGGCGGGUGAUCCAACACCGCGGCAUGAUUCGCGCAAGGGCCACUGGCAAGCGAUACGCCCCCGGCUUGUGGGAGGCCUCUGUGAGAAACGCCUUGGAGAUGGUGGCCCUGGCCACUGGCUACGCGGAGCUGGUUUGGACCACUCCGAGGACCCGCUGGCUGGUGAGGAAGGGGCGGCCUGAGGAGGUGCUGUUGGAAGCGGAGGAGUAUGGGCUACAGGCGCUCUGACGCCAGAACGCGACUUGGAUUGUGAGUCAAGGACGGCUGAGCCCCAUUUUACCCGCGCGAGG